GUUGGGGAGAGAUUCCGGACCCAGGAGAUAGAAGGGUGGCAGCCAACAUUGAAAGAAUUCGCCUCAUUAGAAACCAGUAUUACGGACAUUCAGCUGACCUGUCUCUAUCCGAGUCAGAAUUUAGACAGGAAUGGCGGAACAUCCGGGACAUUGUAGUGGAGCUAGAGCGACACCUAGGCACCAGCACGGUAUACCAGGAUGGAGUCAACAUGAUAAAAACCUGCUCCAUGGAUCCAGAGCAAGAGAAAAAAUACAUAGAUUUACUUGGAGAUAUCAGAGAUCUUCAUAUAACCGUGGAUGAUCUUUCGAGUAAAUUGCUGAUUAUGAAAAGAGAAUUGGUGCUCCAUGGUAAAUAUCUCAUAACAUUUGUAUGUCAUGAUGAUCGUAUGAAUGGGAUGAUGUUAGGGGCGUUGAAGCAGGGAUAUUUUUUAUGCAGAAGCGUAUGA